AUGCCUGUCCCGAUUCCCGUCCCUCUGCGCGCCAAUGCCAAUAUGCGCCUUGAAGCAAAGUACAAUGUCAUUACAGAAUGCAACUUCGACUUGCAUUCGGCCGCGGCAACGGGCAACAUGGGCCUUGUGGAGUACGCUCUAGCUCGUGGGCAGCCCAUCAACUCCGUUCUCGAUGGCGUUCUUCCGCUUCACGCUGCAUGUGCUGGAGGAAAUGAGCAGGUCGUCAAGCUUUUGAUCGAACAUGGUGCAGAUGUUAAUGCCCCAAGACUACCGCGCCGAUAUUCAAAUGAGAAAAAUCGAGAUGCCUCCGCUCCAAUCGUCGGUACCUCUGGCUCAACGCCUCUCCAUUUCGCAGCUGCUAACGGCAAUACCAACAUUGUUACCGCCUUGUUGCUCAAAGGCGCUCACCCUGACCGCUGCGAUAAACACGGUGUCACCGCAGAAAUGCUUGCACGUCAAAAUGGCUGGUUGGAGUGUGCCGAGGUUCUGAAGACAUGGGUACAAAAUAAAGAUAAAGAUCUUUUGGAGCGCGAGGCCCCUGCUUUUGAUAGUGUCGCCGAGAGCAGUCGGUCGGGACGGGAUAGACAGGGUUCCUUUGGUACCGACAUUGACGCUCCCGCAAGCUCUCGCAGACGUAUCAACGUGAAGCGUUCUAUGGACACCGCACUUAGCAUGCUCAAAGUCUCUUCUUCGGGACUGUCCGAUGCAUAUCACAAGCAUACGCCUGAUUCUUCAUCAAUGCCCCCUUCUCCCAUACAACCUGGAGAAUACUCUCAUUCAUUUGAUGGUGGACGCCGCUACAGUCCCAGUCCCAGUCCCAUCGAACCUGGCUCUCGACGUCCAUCACUGCCAUACAUACAUCAGUCGCAUCCUUCUGGUUCUCCGCGACGCCACAAAUCUCCAACACCAAGCAAGGGGCCGCCCAGCCCUCGGCGUCCUCGUUCCGCCGGCACGGGGGCAGAGAGCUCAGAAGCUAAUUCGCCGAGAAGCGGCAAGAGGCUGGGCACCAAGUAUUCUUUGAUGAAUAUAUUCAAGAAGACACAAGGAGGGGAGUCUACAUCGUCAUUUGAACGCAUACCAUCACAGCCGGCUUCCCUGGGAUCAAUCUCAAAUCUGGCUGCAACCUCGGGAAGUCCGUCAUUGCGUGGGAGCAACAGCACGAACUCUCUGGUCAGAUUUGUCGACAGAGUCGGAGAUAUACCCGUACGACCAGGCAGUUCAGCGUCCUCACACGAUAAACCCAAAGAAUCUACUCCUGACUCUGCACCCCCUACCGUCGCCGACUUUCCGAAUCUCUCUCCACAAUUAGAUGACGAUGAGCAAGAUUACGGUCGAACGUACGACCACCCUUCACUGAAGUCUGAGAUCCACACAAGGCCACGCGAUGGCUCGACGGCAUCCGGCUCCUCUAUAUCUAGUGCAGAGUUCCCGUUCAGUAUCAACCGCCCGCCACCUGAUCCGUUGGAAGAGGUCGCCAAACGUUCAUCUGAAGAUGGUCGCGAUAGAGGUGACUCUGUCAGCAGCACGAGCACUAAUCCCAAUUUGAGCGUGAGCGAUACGACGAGUGGCAGCGGGGGUAGCACAACGGCUACGCCUCCCUUAGACUACCUGGAAGCGGGUUCAGAGGGAGAGCUGAAGGUUUUCGUCGACGAGCCGCAGAGUGUCGAAUUCACCAAUGAAUUCGAUGGCUCUCUAGAUGAUCGUAACUCGCCUGGCCUCGAUAUCCUGGAACGUAGGGCUUGCUCACCAUUAGAGAUCGACCUUAGUUCCAUAUCGUCGCAUGCGCAGGCCGAGGCACUCGUCCAACGAGCUCAGCGAGAUAUAUUGGAGAUGGUGCAAGAGGAAGACCAUGAUACGGCUUCCAAGAUGCCAUUGAGUGCAAGGUUGGCUGCGUAUGGGGAGAGCCUAGCUUUGGAGAGAAGAUUAAGAGAGCAAAAGACUGAGAGCGGACAAGCAUCUGCCGUCGGCGAAGAAGGAUUCUUGAGUACUAGCACCGUGAAAUCCAGAUCUUUCGUGAAUCGACAACGUAGUAUGGAAGGCGGCCUGGCCCCGGCACCUGUACGGUCCAGAUUCCGGCGCCCACAUACCAGCGAUGGUACAUCUUCAAACGAAAGUGAGUUUAGCAUCCCUACCUCUACGCACAGUCUUGAAGGUUCCAGAGUGAAGCACCAUACAUCUCGAUCUGCUUCAGCUGCAGAAGCCUUCUCGUCUAAUGCGUCACCCGCGCGAUUGCCUGCUGGAUCCAUGUACAAACAGCCCAUACCACUCGCCAACAUCACACCUCGUAACCGGGAACAACUCAGUAGCGUCAGCUCUUUUGAAGGCGCUGACACCGAUACUGAGCUUGGACCUGGAUUGUUCCGAGUCUCUACUGCUCCCCAUCCCCUUCUCCCGUCUUCCGUACCAAAGGCAAAACGCGAACAGGCUCGUCAUCUCGCAAGUGCGAACAAACUAACAAGGAUGGGAUUCUCACGUAGCGAUACGGUGGCGAAGUCACCUCCUUCGAGUAGACGCUUCGGUGGAUUGAAGUCGUUGAUGCAAACCUUCAAAGGAAAGCAAUGA